CAAAGCUAUCUAAGUUACAGAUUGUUUUCAUUUUCAAAAAGGAAUGUAUAGUUUUUUUAGACAUGGUAAUAGCUUAGUAGGGGAACUAAAGAAAAAAAAGCUAAAAAGGAUUCUUAGGGUAAACAGCAAUUAUAUAAAGAAAGUCAUGGACUCAUCGACAAGUGUGAAGCUAUCACUUUAAGAAGAGUAGAAGACAGUGAAGGAGAUUAUAGGAUUCAGGGACCAAGAUCAUGUCUCCUCCUAAUCCUUAGGUGCUAUAUUAUUAUUAUCACACAAACUCUCGUUAGUAUUUUUGACUAUCUUUUUUUUUUUUGUCGUUUAUUUAUUCUCUUCAAUAUAGCGAAUAGAUAUAUAUAUAUAUACACUAAAUAACCAAGUUCUUUCUUCGUAUCAUCUCUAUUUUGUGUCGUCUUACAUAAGAGCAAAAAAGGUGAAGGUUGAAGAUGAACGAAUCAAGGUCGAUAAGGACAUGGAGCAUAUACAGAACCAAGGAUACUUCAGGGUCAUCGAUGAAUGCGAUUUCGUUUGGAUUUGUGGCGACUGCAAUAUUGAUCUUAAUGUUCAUCAUAAUGGCAAUUCUUGAACAUCUCUUCAGGUCCGAUCAUUCUUCUUCUUACGAUGUUGAUGACUCUUCUCAGUUUCAGAAACUUGCUGAAAAAGCUUCUAUGGUUCCGGUGACUACGUCAGAUGUGUCAGUGGUGAUGCCGGGAGACAAAUUACCGUCAUACGUAGCUCUUCCGGCACCAUUUCCUUGCCGGAGAGAAGGCAUUCGCUGGCCUUCCCACCUCUAAUAAAGUAUUGUCUCUCUUAGCUUAGUCGUUGUAUCAUAAUUACUUAUCAAUUGUUCUGAUACUUUGAACAAUUGCUUGCUGGAUCGAAGUUUUAGGUUAAAUAUUUAUGAUGAUUCUUUAUUUUUAGUAAGAACCGAGGUAGCUAACCUUGGGUUGCCAUUACAACCAUCACUACUGUAUCGUUUCUCCAAUUGAAGAUAUUCUGCUAAGUUCACAUGUAUAAGGCGACUAGAGCUAACUUUUGCUAGCUCGGUAUUGAGGCUUACGACCAAUAUAUGUAUACAAGAGACACAGCUCCUAUGUGUACAAGAAAACAUGGCUAAGAAAAUUUUCCAAACAUCAACAAAUUUUUUGAUGUCGUCGAAACUUUAUAGGAAAAUUCUAAUAAAAUAUAUGUUGUCGGUAAACCGUGGAAA